AGAGGAUGUUCACCCCCAGUCAAUAACAGACAUACUUGUUUGAUGUUGUCCGCAGGCACAAUUGGAAGUGAAACUCUGUUGACUGUUAGCUUUACUCUCCGUGGCCUGAACACCGUGGAGCGCAGCAGGUUGUUGACCCAGCAUUGCCACACGUAACUCUGCGCGGCCGUAACUCUGACAUUACCCUGGCUAGCGACGUUAGCUACCUUUAGCUCAGCUUUGUUUUGAUGCCGUACAGUAAGUCAGCUUAACGCUAUACCUCUGUGCAGCUGGAUGGUCAUCGUCGCUUUGCUGGGAGUGUUGAGUUUGUGUACACUAUGCUUUAAUGGACACGGGGCUCCUGAGAGAAGUGAGCUAGCCGGCUUGCAUCGUUUGCUAGGUGGCGGCUGAGCCCGGAAAAUGUUGCAGCGCUCCGUCAGGAUGCACCUCAUUGUCCUGGUAUGCAGCAUGGCACUGUCUGCACUGGGACAAGCGGAGGACGACUGGAUCGACCCAUACGACUUGCUCAACUACGAUGCAGCCACCAAAGCAAUGAAAAAACCCAACGUGCCACCGACAAGAAGACAGUAUAGUGAGGACUCCGACCCAGCUGAGCUGACAGCGUGUCACCAACAAGUAACUGUGUUACAGAGAGAGAUUGAAGAUCAGAAGAAGAAGCUCACAGUGCUAUCACAGCAGCCCACAUGCAAUCCUGUGUUCAGGCGAUUCCUCACCAGGCUCCUGAAGGAGAUAGAACGAGUUGGUCAGCCCACAGACCACAAGGACGUCCACUAUGAUGCUAAAGUGAGGCUGUCCAAACAAGCCGUGAUGGAGAUCCGAAAGCUUCUGGAAGGUGAAGACAGCUGGAGAACGGGGGCGUUGGAUGACGCUGUGAGCCAGAUCCUGGUGGAUUUCAAACCACAUGACUACGAGGCCUGGAGGUGGCAUUUUGAGGACAUUGUUGGUGUGGAGGUUGACACGGUCCUGAAGGUGUGUUUGUGUGUUUUGGUCGUAGUGGCCAUCAUCUGCACUCAGCUGUGGUCAGUGGUCUCCUGGUUUGUCCAGUUCAAGAGAAUGUUUGCCAUCUCCUUCUUCGUCAGUGUCGUUUGGAACUGGUUUUAUCUGUACAAGAUUGCCUUUGCUGAGCAUCAAGACAACAUAGUGAAGAUGGACAGCAUCUAUCAGAAAUGCAUUGGCAUGAGGAGGAUUGACUGGACCGAUAGCUUGAAGGAGUGGUUCAGAAGCACCUGGACUCUACAGGAUGACCCCUGUAAGAGAUACUAUGAAGUCCUGAUGGUCAACCCCAUCCUGCUGGUACCUCCAACCAAGGCCAUAUUAGUCACAAUCACAGCCUUCAUCACGGAACCGAUGAAGUAUUUUGGACAGGGGAUCAGCGAGUUCCUCCGAGCCCUCCUCAAAGACCUGCCAAUCACCCUGCAGAUCCCUGUUUUUCUCACGAUUGUGCUCUCCAUUGUGGUGUGUAUGUAUGUAGGUGUGCAGGCAGUUUUCCAGCAUGGCAUCACUGCACCAUUACGCCGUCGUCGAAGGGACCCCCCUCCUCCACCACUGGAGCAGCGCCAGCCUCAGCCUCUCCGCCUGAGGAACAAAGACCACAAGCACUUGGCAGGCAGAGACGUACACAUCCCGAGAGCCCGAGCCAACCAGGGCAGACCAGACAGGCCUCAUGUCCGUCAAAGGUGGCAGAAGGAUCACCACUGCCUCGAUGGAACAGAUUGAAAGUAUCGGGAGCCCAGUUCAGAAGACUUCGCCCACAUCACUGGCACAUUAAAACGCCCGGUCUCCGGUCAAAACAGCACGUGUGGCCUCAGCAGGGCUUUGAGAGCCCUGAGGACAUUGCCGUAACACUACAGGGAAACAUAAUUUUUAUCAUUGUAAUUUGUAAAUUCUUCCUUGCUUUUGUUUUUUUUCCUAUAAGGAAGAUAUUUUUAUGGAAUUGAAUCACUGCUUUGAUAUUUGAGUCACUUAAUUAUGGUGGACUGUUUAAGUCUUCUGAUCUUGUCAGUCUGGUUAAAUAAAUAUAGAUAAUUGUUAAGUUACAACAGGUACCUAAGAAAGAAUGCUAAGUGUACACCAUUAUAAUAAAGUUUUUUUAAAAAA